AUGGCAUUCUUUCUUCGGCGUCCGUUCGCCAUUUCGUCGGCGCUUCACCAAGCUCCGAAGCUCUCAAAUACCGCUCGCUUCAUUCACAACUCCACUUUCAAACCCGCCCAGGCAACUAAGCCUCUCGGAACUCAGUCCUCGAUUUUCAACAAGUCCCGCCAGACCUUCCAAAAUGCCUUCCGCCGAACCUACAUGCAACCGACCUACAAUGCGCAGACAGGAAACAUGUCUCAGAAGCUGAUUUACGGUGCCGCCAUCGUCGGUGGUACUGUUCUCGCUACCAACUUCAUCUUCAACCGCGAGACUCGUGAGGACGGCGGCAUGCCGGCCUACGAGCGCAGCUUCCUGAAUGAAACUUUCAUGCACACUGGUCUUGGUGUCGGUAUCAUUGGUGUCGCUGCCCGUGCUCUGCACAUGAGUGGCUGGUCCUAUCGUCUUAUGGCUAUGAACCCUUGGGCUGUCAUGGGUCUCGGUCUGGUUGGCAGCAUUGGCUCGAUGUAUGGAACUUUCUACACCUCGCCUGACAACUAUGUCGUUAAGUACGGCUGCUGGACUCUGUUCAACUUGACUCAGGCUGCGCUCCUUUCCCCUUUGAUGUUCAUGCACCCUGCUAUUCUUGCUCGUGCUGGUCUCUACACUGUUGGUAUGAUGGGGUCGAUUGCCUUUGUUGGAGCUACUGCCAAGCAGGAGAAGUACCUGUACCUUGGUGGUCCUCUCCUUGCUGGUGUGACUCUUGUUGCUCUUUCCGGUCUUGCUCCUAUGGUCCUCCCUGCCACCGCCGCUCGCACCUUGAUGUGGUCUGAGCGCAUCUGGCUGUACGGUGGUCUUGCUGUCUUCGGUGGCUUCACUCUCUACGAUGUUCAAAAGAUUCUGCACCACGCCCGCUUGGCCGAGCGCGGCUACAUCAAGCGGGACGUCGUCAACGAGAGUGUCAGUCUCGAGCUCGACUUCAUCAACAUCUUCAUCCGCAUGGUGCAGAUCCUUGGCAUGCGGAGCAACAACCGCAAGUAA